CGGAACGGGCGGUGCUGCCUGCCCAGCCGUUUCCUGCCCGGGACGCGGCGGAGCGGAGCCGAGCCGAGCGGAGCCGAGCGGAGCCAUGACUCACCAGACCGGCAUCCACGCCACCACAGAAUUAAGGGACUUUUUUGCCAAAGCCCGAAAUGGUUCAGUUCGGCUCAUCAAGGUCAUCAUUGAGGACGAGCAGCUCGUGCUGGGAGCCCACAAAGAGCUGUCGCGGCGCUGGGACGCCGACUAYGACACCUUCGUGCUGCCCUUGCUGGACGAGCAGCAGCCCUGCUAUGUCCUGUACCGCCUGGACAGCCAGAACGCCCAGGGCUACGAGUGGCUCUUCAUCUCCUGGUCCCCCGACAGCUCCCCGGUCCGGCUGAAGAUGCUGUACGCUGCCACCAGAGCCACGGUGAAGAAGGAGUUUGGCGGGGGGCACAUAAAGGAYGAGAUGUUUGGCACAGUGAAGGAGGACGUGUCCCUGAGUGGUUACCAGAAGCACGUGUCCUCCUGCUCCGCCCCAGCCCCGCUGACCGCAGCCGAGCAGGAGCUCCAGCAGAUCCGCAUCAACGAGGGUCCUGUGGCCCAGGAUCGACCUUCCCUGGCCUCCAGCAGAGAGAAGGUGCAGCUCCAUCCUCCUGGCAUAUCCGUGUGUCCCCCACCCCUUGUCCUUUCCCACGAGCCCCCAUCCCUGCGCCGGGUGCCGUUGACAGUGUGUCUCCUCUCCCCACGCUCGCAGGAUUCCUGUUCCCAGGACUCGAGCACUGAGAUGGUGAAGACGGAGAUCAGCGUGGAGAGCAAGCACCAGACGCUGCAGGGCCUGGCCUUCCCCCUGCAGCUGGAUGCCCAGCAAGCCAUCCAGGCUCUCAAGCAGAAGAAAAUCAACUACAUCCAGCUGAAGCUGGAUCUGGAGCGGGAGACCAUCGACCUGGUGCACACGAGCCCCACGGAGAUCGCUGACCUGCCCAAGAGGAUCCCCCAGGACUCUGCUCGCUACCAUUUCUUCCUGUACAAGCACUCACACGAGGGAGACUACCUGGAGUCUGUUGUGUUCAUCUACUCCAUGCCCGGGUACAAGUGCAGCAUCAAGGAGCGCAUGCUCUACUCCAGCUGCAAGAGCCGGUUGCUGGACACUGUGGAGCAGGAGUUUUGCCUGGAGAUAGCCAAGAAGAUCGAGAUCGACGAUGGAGCGGAGCUGACGGCUGAGUUCCUGUACGAGGAGGUGCACCCCAAGCAGCACGCCUUCAAGCAGGCCUUCGCCAAGCCCAAGGGGCCCGUGGGCAAGCGGGGACAGAAGCGGCUCAUCAAGGGGCCGGGCGAGAACGGCGAGGACAGUUAAAUCCCGCGGGGCCGGCGGCCAACGGACACCAUCCCUGCGGCGCGUCCCGCCUUCCUCUCCGCUGACCUGGGGAUCUUUCCCUCCAUCUCAGCCUUUUUUUUUUUUUUUUUUU